UUUGUAGGCAUCGAAAUUUCAAAAAUUGGCUGACUUAUGGAGAAUGGAAUCAACUUCACAAUUUCAAAAUUUUAUGUUGAGUUUGUGAAAUUUCUUUGAAAAGAGCGCUACCGAUUCAAAUUCUGACGGAAUAAGAGAUCGGAUUCAGCUCGUUGUUAUGAGUAUACUAAGAAGCUCAAGCAAAUGUUCAAUCGAAGUUGGGAUUUCAUCAAUCCUGCUUCCGCCGCCGCCUACUUCCGCCCAUUCACCCAGAUUCAGGCGCACAAUCUCGUCAACGUGAAGCUCAAGUGGGUAAAAGACGCCGCGCUUGAUCCCGUAGUUUCCGGCAGCAUUCACCUCAAAGCUACUUGUACCCUAAUUUCUCUCAUAGCCUCCGCCCCCAAUCUCUCCCUCCCCAUCCACCGCCCUCAAAGAUUCAUUGACUCAACGGUUCAGAUUGAACAUGAGGAUAUGGCUGUGAUGGGACUCAUCAAAUCCAAUGAAUGGGUUGUGAUGUUGGAUGAGCGUGGGCGUGAUGUGAGUUCAGAGCAAAUGGCGUCUCUAAUUGCAGAUGCUGGAAAUACAGGAGCUUCAAGCAUACUGUUUUGCAUUGGUGGGCCGUACGGGCAUGGAAGGCAACUGAGAGAGAGAGCUGAUGUAUCAAUCCGGUUGUCAUCUUUGGUCUUAAAUCAUGAAAUUGCACUGGUUGUAUUGGCUGAGCAGCUCUACAGGGCUUGGACUAUUCUCAAAGGCCAGAAGUACCAUCAUUAGAUACUAGUUCUUCUUUGCUCUGUCAAGCAUUUGGAUUUCGAAAUCAUACUGUUGUUAAAUUGGUCUUUUAAACCAUUGAAGAUAAUAGAAUUUACACUAUAAAGUCUCGCAGCUUCUGAUAGUAGUGCUUCUCGUGAAUGUUGGAUGGCUCUGCUGCAGUUACUAGAUGGUUGCAGUUACGGAAUGGAGGUUCGAGCUUAUUUUCGUUGCAAGGUUAGCUGAUGUAAAGCAGGGGAGAUCUGUGUGAUAUGGUCUGUCCCUAAUCCUACAGCUGAAGGAUAUAGAGACGAGAACCUUGACAUCAUUAAGGUGAUAUUCUAUGGUUUAUUUGUGUUAGAACCUCUGCAAUUUUAUUGUACAUUUAUCGAAUUUGGUUUUAAUUUUUGAUAUAUGGAGUACAUUUUCUUUUGAGUUGUAA